AUGGGAGCACAAAUAACAAAAGAACAAGGUCGUUUACCUAUCGCUUAUGUGUCGACAAAACAUCAACAAACACAACAUAUAACUAGUACUAGCCUUUCAAUAAUAAGAGGUAACAAUGUACAUUCAUCCAUAACUACUAAUUCUGAAUCAGUUUUCAACGAAGACUUUAACAAUAAUAUACAAAAUUUACCUAAUGACAUCACAAUAAUAUCACCACCGCCGACUGGAGAAACUUCUUCUAUAAAUACUUUGGCUAACGAUACUAUCUCUUCUGAAUCUACUAUUGAUAACGAUAUAAAACAAGAUGACGAGAUUACUUGUUGGCUUUGUCCACAUGAUCAUGAAUCAAAUUCUUGUUGCCAUGGAGUUAAAGGACUACUGCCUGAAGAAUGCGAUCCUAAUAACUCAUUUAAUGCUAUAUUAUUCAGUGAAAUACAAGAUUUAUAUUCCAUUACAUUUUGUUGUUGGGGUUUAGUUAAAUUAAGUCCUAAUAUUUGCUUUCUAUACACAACUACUUGUUUACAAAUAUGUUGUAAUGAAUUAUCAGAAAUACCAGCUGAAAUUGGAUAUAUGAGAAGUUUGGUAUCACUUAAUUUUCAUAAAAAUAAAUUAAAAUCAAUUCCUGACACUAUUGGAUUUUUAGAUAAAUUGAAAGUUAUAAAUUUGUCAGGAAAUCUAUUGACUUCAAUACCGGCUUCAAUCGGCUCACUAAAAAAACUUGAACAGUUAUACCUAGAGGAUAAUAGAUUAAUAGAAUUACCACCAGAAAUAGGUCAAUUAAAAACUUUGAUCAAUCUAGACAUUCGUAAUAAUCAAAUCACAGUUUUACCUGCAGAACUUGGCCGUCUUCAAUAUCUACGUAAACUUCGUACUGAUGGAUGUCCAUUGAAAACUGAAUUUGUACAUGAACUUAAGCAUUCACCCCCAUCGCUCAUGGAACUUGCUGCACGUACCAUUGUUAGACUUCAAAUUCCUAUUUUGGAAGAUACUACUGACGCUCUCAAGGAUUAUCUUGCCAGUGCAAAAAAAUGCAGUUUCUGUGGGGGGCCUUAUUUCGAAAGUUUUGUUAAAAGAGGCAAAUUUUUUGAGAAAAGUGACAAUCAAAUUCCUUUGGAAUAUCGUUUAUGUUGUCCACAUUGGAAUACUGAACAAGAACGUGUAUGUCUUCUUUUUUGUGCAUUACCUAAUACUGCUCCUAGCACUGAGCCAUAUAAACAUCCAAAUCAACAAGAAAAUACAAAUAAUAAUGGGAUUGGAUUAUCGUCACCAGAUGGCAACAACAAUGACGACGGCAACGAUGAUGAUAAUAAAAAUUCAAAUUUAUUAAAUCCCCAACAGAAAUUACAAAAACGCGCCUCAACAAGAAAGUCUAUGACAAUCCCACUCAGUUCUCUUGCAAGGGUUCCUACAUUACCCACAUUACCUAGAUCUGCUUCUCCAAGACCAACUUCAACAACAACAAGUAGUGAACAUUUACAACAAGAAGAGCUUAAAAAAAACAGCUCUCAACUAAACAAAAAUAAUAACGGUCUAACAUUAUGGCGCACAAAAAAAAAUAAUGCAGCAUCCAUACUUCUUCGUAAGCCUGCCCGUAACAAUUCAACCUCACGUUUUAGUACUAGAUGGAGGAUAUAA